CCUGAAAUGGCAUUUAGUUUUGAAUUUGAGCUACUAUUUGUUUGUUUUUGGAUGUUCAACUCUAAUUAUGAGAUGGGUGUUGAAUUUUAUAUAUCAUCUGACUGGCACUGCUUCUUGGAUUAGACAGACUUGCUUUACAGGCUUUGGUUUUAAUUUUGGUGAUGAAUUAUGGUCCUAUGAUUGAUAAGUGAAAAAUGAAAGAAGCAACAACUUAAAAUUUAUUGAAACAGGUACACCCUUUAAUCGUGCAAAGCUAGAAAAUGGCACCAAGGAACAGUCGUGGCAAGGCAAAAGGAGAGAAGAAGAAGAAAGACGAAAAGGUUCUUCCGGUUGUUACUGAUAUCACAGUGAACCUCCCCGACGAGACUCGUAUUGUUUUGAAGGGGAUAUCCACAGACAGGAUUAUAGAUGUUCGUCGGCUUUUAUCGGUGAACACGGAAACUUGCUCCAUCACAAAUUUUUCAUUGUCCCAUGAGAUCAGGGGGCUACGGUUAAAAGACACGGUCGACGUUUCAGCGCUCAAGCCUUGUGUGCUCACGUUAACUGAAGAGGACUACGAUGAGGAACUUGCUGUGGCGCACGUUAGACGGCUCCUCGACAUUCUGGCCUGCACAAUGUGGUUUGGACGGUCGGCGAGCACGCUGGAUAAGUCCAAAUCUGAUUCUGGAAAGAAUGCGCCUGGUGCGCAGGACAAGACCGCCAAGAAAACGACAACCAAAUCUCAAGCCACCGCCUCCAAACAAUCGUCAUCAUCGUCGAAAGACGUGCCGGUGGAGGCAGAAGGAGAGAUGAGCCCCUCAUGCCCUAAGCUUGGGAGCUUUUACGAGUUCUUCUCACUUUCCCAUCUCACUCCUCCUGUUCAAUUUAUAAGGAAGGCAACGAAACGGCAGAUAAAGGACAUUUCGGACGACGAUCAUCUCUUCUCCCUCGAUGUAAAGCUUUGUAACGGGAAGCUAGUUCAGGUUGAAGCUUGCAGAAAGGGAUUCUACAAUGUUGGGAAGCUGCGGAUUCUUUGUCACGAUCUUGUUGAUUUGCUUCGGCGGCUUAGUAGAGCCUUUGACAAUGCUUAUGAUGAUCUCAUGAAAGCAUUCUCAGAACGGAACAAGUUUGGGAAUCUUCCUUAUGGCUUUAGAGCCAACACAUGGCUUAUCCCUCCAUUCGCAGCACAGUCACCCUCAGUUUUCCCUCCUCUUCCUGUUGAAGAUGAGCUGUGGGGAGGAAAUGGAGGAGGUCUUGGAAGAGAUGGGAAAAAUGAGUUGAUACCUUGGGCUAGUGAGUUCUUGUUUCUUGCAUCUAUGCCCUGCAAGACAGCAGAUGAGAGGCAGGAUCGAGACAGGAAAGCCUUCCUUCUUCACAGCUUAUUUGUUGACAUUGCCAUUUUCAGAGCCAUUAAGGAUGUGCAACAUGUCAGAUCUAAUCGAGACUUAUUGUGUUUGGUUGGGAGUAGUGAAAUCCUUUAUACAGAAAGAGUAGGAGACUUGAGCAUCACGAUCAUGAAAGACACUUCCAAUGGAAGCUCUAAGAUAGACACUAAAAUUGAUGGAAUUCAAGCAACUGGAGUGGAUAAAAAAGAUUUAAUAGAGCGGAACCUACUGAAAGGAAUUACAGCUGAUGAGAAUACUGCUGCACGUGAUAUUGCCACUCUAGGUAUUGUUAAUGUAAGAUACUGUGGUUAUGUUGCUGUUGUGAAAGUUGAGGGGAGAGAGGAAAAAAAUGUUAGUCCAUUUCAAAGCAUUGAACUUGAACAACCUGAAGGCGGUGCCAAUGCCCUUAACAUUAACAGUUUGAGGCUACUUCUACAUAGAACAACAUCUUCAGAACAUGGUAAACCAGCGGCACACUUGCAAACUUCAGAAUGUGAAGAGCUCAUUGCUUCCCAAGCUUUUGUAGAGCAAAUGCUCGAAGAAAGUCUUGCUAAGCUUGAGCAGGAGGAAUUGGAGCAGGAUUAUUUUGUGAGGUGGGAACUUGGAGCCUGCUGGAUUCAACAUUUGCAGGACCAGAAAAAUACAGAAAAAGAUAAGAAACUGCCCAUUGAGAAGAGCAAGAAGCUCUUCUUGGAAAAAGAAAUGAAGGUUGAGGGACUUGGCACACCUCUUAGGUCCCUUAAGAGCAACAAGAAAAAGAUAGACGAAAGCAACAUGAAAAUGCAGUCUGAAAACUCAAGAUCAUCUAUUGAUGGAGUAAUUGGGGAAGUUGAAUAUGCUGUUUCAGCUUCUAUGGAAUCUCAACUUGAAACCACUUCCAAAAAGAAUGAGCUUGCACUGCAGAGGUUGUUGUCUGAUGCAGCCUUUACUCGACUAAAAGAAUCAGAUACUGGACUUCAUUGCAAGUCUUUGCAAGAGCUAGUUGACAUGUCUCAGAAGUAUUAUACUGAAGUUGCUCUUCCAAAAUUGGUAGCAGAUUUUGGCUCGCUAGAACUAUCACCAGUGGAUGGCCGGACUCUAACUGAUUUUAUGCAUACAAGAGGCCUUCGGAUGCGUUCCCUGGGACAUGUUGUAAAGCUUUCUGAGAAGCUGUCACAUGUACAGUCACUCUGCAUUCAUGAGAUGAUUGUACGAGCUUAUAAGCAUAUUCUUCAGGCUGUGAUUGCAUCUGUUGCAGACCAUGAAAAAAUGGCUGUAUCAAUAGCUGCUGCAUUAAAUCUGAUGCUUGGGGUUCCUGAAAAUAGAGAUUCAGAUAAGUCGUGCCAUGUCCAUUCUCUUGUAUGGAGAUGGCUAGAGGUGUUUUUGAAGAAGCGAUAUGAAUGGGAUCUUAGCAGCUCAAGCUUCAAAGAUGUGAGAAAAAUUGCAAUUCUUCGUGGAUUAUGCCACAAGGUGGGUAUCGAAUUGGUUCCAAGGGAUUUUGAUAUGGAUUCUCUACAUCCAUUUCAAAAAUCAGAUAUUGUCAGCUUGGUCCCAGUGCAUAAGCAAGCAGCAUGCUCCUCUGCAGAUGGAAGGCAACUCCUGGAAUCAUCAAAAACAGCCUUAGACAAGGGAAAACUUGAAGAUGCAGUUACCCAUGGGUCAAAGGCUCUAGCAAAGCUGGUGGCAGUUUGUGGUCCAUACCAUCGAAUGACUGCAGGAGCUUACAGCCUUCUUGCUGUUGUAUUGUAUCAUACUGGAGACUUCAAUCAGGCUACUAUAUAUCAGCAAAAAGCCUUGGAUAUCAAUGAGAGGGAACUAGGAUUGGAUCAUCCUGAUACAAUGAAAAGUUAUGGGGAUCUUGCUGUGUUCUAUUACAGACUUCAGCAUACGGAGUUGGCCCUCAAGUAUGUGAAGCGUGCUUUAUAUCUUCUGCAUCUCACAUGUGGCCCUUCACACCCAAACACUGCUGCAACAUACAUCAAUGUGGCCAUGAUGGAGGAAGGCCUGGGAAAUGUGCACGUUGCCCUUAGAUAUCUUCAUAAAGCUCUGAAGUGCAACCAAAGGUUACUUGGUCUGGAUCAUAUUCAGACAGCAGCAAGUUACCAUGCAAUAGCAAUUGCACUCUCACUGAUGGAAGCGUAUCCAUUAAGCGUUCAGCAUGAACAAACAACCUUGCAAAUUCUCCGAGCAAAACUGGGCCCUGAUGAUUUACGUACUCAGGAUGCUGCUGCUUGGCUUGAGUACUUUGAGUCCAAGGCCUUUGAACAGCAAGAAGCUACACGGAAUGGUACUAAGAAACCUGAUGCAUCCAUUGCUAGCAAAGGCCACCUAAGUGUUUCUGAUUUGCUGGACUAUAUUAAUCCAAGUUGUGAGACCAGGGGGAGAGAUUGUGUAUCAGUGAAGAGGAAAAGCUAUACUACGAAGAUAAAGGAGAAAACCAACCCAAAUGUGAAUGUAGAAAGUUGUGAUGAAUCUCCAAAAGAGACUCUCAAUGAGGCGUCAGAUGAAGAGAUGCACACACCUGUUGCCAGCCAGGAGACUAGCUCUGCCCAAGUUCAGUUCCAGCAAACCAUUUCGGAAGAGACUGCUGAGAAGAAAUCAGGCAUUCCCAAUGAAGCAUUGCUGGAAACACAUGCUGAAGUGGAUGAUGGAUGGCAACCCGUUCAAAGGCCAAGAUCAGCUGGCUCGUAUGGGCGACGCCUGAAGCAGCAGCGAGGAAUCAUUGGCAAGGUUUAUCAGAAAAAGAUUGUGGAUACUAACAUGGAUUACUCUCCUGUCAAGAAUACUCACCAGAAUAGUAGGUAUUAUCUCUUAAAGAAACGGGCACUAUCUCAUGGAAGUUAUGUGGAUCACCAUGCAACAAAUCCUUCCCAGGGUACCAAAUAUGGGAGGAGAAUAUUGAAAGCUGUAACGUACAGGGUCAAGUCUAUUCCUUCAGCUAAUAAAACUGCCACAACAGAGAACUCAAGAAGCGAUGGCAAAGCUUUUGCUUUGUCACUCGAAUCUAGUUCAAGUUCUGCCCCUACUGAUGUUGGCCCAGUGAAGAAUUCAAUAGUUAGUCUUGGAAAGUCCCCUUCAUACAAGGAAGUAGCAUUGGCACCCCCAGGCACUAUUGCUAAGUUUCAGGUCUGGUUUCCACAAAGCGAUAUUCCAGAUAAUAGGGAAAUUGGUGUUGGAAAACAUGAGGAAGAGACAAAUGAAGCAACGGAAACUGUUGUUGAAGUGGUAACAGAUUUACAAGAUUUAUGUGGAGAGAAGGAUAAAAGUUCUGCAAUAGUUUUGGCAGAUCAAUUGAGCAAUGUAACUGAUGUUGAGAGGAAAGAGGAGAGCCUCUUAACUGAUGCAAAGGAAGAUAAUUCUUUGAUGGUGCCUCAGAGCUCACUAGAAUCUGAAUCUGGUGUCAUUGAAGUUCAUGAAGUUUUGCAGAAUGGCUCAUUGAUGGACAGCAUACCAAAUUCAAUUGAUUCUCCCUCAAAGGAAUCCCCUUGUGAGAAGGAUUCUACUCAAUUUGGACCCCAAGGUAAUUCUAACUCCACCUUGCCUCAAGUAGAGGAUUUGAAGGACAAAUCACUGGUUUUUAAUUCAGGUGAGACUCAUGGACUCCCAAAUAAGAAGUUGUCUGCUUCUGCAGCUCCAUUUAACCCAUCACCAUACAUUGCACGUCCUGCACCUGUAAACAUGAAUAUUCCUCUUCUUUCUGGUUCUGGUGCUGUUCCAGCUGUUGCACCAUGGCCAGUAAACAUGACUCUGCAUCCAGGGCCUGCUACUGUGUUACCCACAGUUAGUCCAUUGUCUUCCCCACACCACCCAAACCCAUCAGCUCCUCCAACCCCAAACAUGAUGCAGCCAUUGCCUUUUAUUUACCCUCCUUACAGUCAAAGCCAAGCGGUGCCAACCAGUACCUUUCUAGUAACUAGCAAUGCCUUUCAUCCCAAUCAUUUCUCUUGGCAGUGUAAUGUGAACAGUCAUGUAUCAGAGUUUAUUCCUAGCACAGUAUGGCCUGGUUGUUGUGGAAUGGAGUUUUCUGUCCCACCACCUGUUGCUGAGCCAAUUCCUGAUCCUAUGGUAGAGCCUAAAGUGCAAUUUGAAAAUCCUGAAAGUACAAGUCCACCUCCAGUUCUUCCAGCGGAUAUUGACAAUGUAGGAGAAGCUAAGAAAGAAAUGAACCUUCUGGCAUCAGAGGGAACAGAUGAUGCAAAAGAACUGGCUGGGGUUGGCUUGGAAAGUGUAAAGGAAAAUGGUCAUUCAAAUCUGGGUAAGGGUCAAAUUUCUGGGAAUGAUUCAGGUCAGAAGAAAAGUUUCGAAGAAAAUACUAGCUGCAGUGAUGAAAGGAAGAUUGAUGGGGAACAAACCUUCAGCAUUUUGUUAAGGGGAAGGAGAAACAGAAAGCAGACUCUGAGAAUGCCAAUAAGUUUGCUUAGUCGACCAUAUGGCUCACAAACUUUUAAAGUUAUAUGUAAUCGAGUAGUAAGAAGUGGCGAAGCUCCAAAAUCUACUGGCUUUUCAUUGAGUGAAGACUGUACCGGUAAUGCCACAUGAUCCAAGGUUCUGCUUUUCUUCCCAAUCAAACCAAUCAAGUAUAGCAAGAUAGUCCAGAAAAGAGUAGAAGGUAUAAAGCUUCUUUCAUCAUAUACACAGGGAUAUGAAUGUUUUAAACAUUUUCUGGUUCUCAUGAUCAGACUGACUUCUGAAAAUGCAGCUCUCAAUACGAGUUGGUCCCCUGUCUGUGCAAUGGACACCAGAGAUAGAGGAAAAGAUGUUUUUGUUAUUUCAGGUUAACAUGUAGGUUUGUUUACUUGUGGGACCUUUCAAUAACAUCGGUUGAGGUGACAAUUUUGGCUGACAACACGGUUAGAAAAUUUUGAUAUCUACCUAAUGACAGAAUGAGCUUCAAAGAACUUCGAAGGAGCCCCAGCAUCUCAUGGCAGUAAAACCAAAAGGACAUACCCAAAAGGCAUAACAAUUCAUGGGUCACUACUCACAAUGAGUAUUGGAAAGGUCAACUCACCAUUUACUGCCAUCAGUAUCAUAAGCGCAUGAAGCCUAUGUCCUUAAUGCCAGUAGUCCAAUUUCUUUUCUAAGAUCCUUUUACAAAUAAAAGUUCACAACAAAGCGCACAAGAGAAGAAGCACGAGAUUAAGUAGAUAUGAUUAUUGGAGAAGAGGAACGAUAAACAUUUACGAUUUAAGCCAUCAAGGAACUCCAGGUGCUUCCACACUCAUGCAUGCAAAGAGUACAAAAGGAAAAAUGUGGGAUACAAACAAGGACAGAAACAACAUGUUGCCUCAGAUGAGGGAAAAAUGCCUAAGAAAAUUAUAAAUCUAGCAGUAAAGCAUUCUCAAAUUUCCAUGUCCACAAGUGGGGUGAAGGGAGGUUUAAUAAAGUAAGAUAAGACAAGGUAAAAGAAUGUAUGGUAUGAUAAGGUAAGAUAAUAGUUUUAUUUAUGUUUGGGAAGAAA